AUGGCGGACGAAAGGCCAAAAUGGCUGCAAACAAAAAUACAAGGARUUUUGCUCGAUAUCUCUGGUGUUUUAUACAACUCUGGGCAAGAUGGAGGCUCRCUGAUUCCAGGAUCUGUCCAGGCAGUUGAAAGAUUAAAAGCUGCAGGACUGARUGUUAGAUUUUGUACCAAUGAAACACAAUGCACCCGAGAAGAAUUAGUARAAAAGUUGAAUAAAUUAGGUUAUAAGCUUACUCCAAGAGAGUUGUUUGCUCCAGCUCCUGCAACAAAGAUGAUYCUACAAAGACGUAAYCUUCGUCCUCAUUUACUGAUUCAUCCUGGAGGAAAACCAGAUUUUGAUGGACUGGACUUUGAUAAACCAAAYUGUGUUGUUAUUGGGGACGCAGCUGAUGAGUUUAGCUAUGAGAAUUUGAACAAGGCAUUCAGAGCACUUCUAGAAAUGGAGGAUCCAAUCUUAUUUUCCAUGGGAUAUGGAAAAUAUUACAAAACUGAUGGCCAGUUGGUCUUAGAUGUUGGUCCUUUUACWAAAGCAAUUGAGUAUGCAUGUGAUGUCAAGGCUGAAAUUGUAGGCAAGCCAUCAAAAGUAUUUUUUCUCACUGCUCUGGAAGAUAUAGGUGUGACAACAGACCAGGCUGUUAUGAUUGGUGAUGAUAUUGCUAAUGAUGUUGGAGGAGCUCAGGCUUGUGGCAUCCGAGGAGUGCAAGUUAGGACAGGRAAAUUCAGGCCAUCUGAUGAAAACCACCCAACAGUAAAGCCAGAUGGUUUUGUAGACAAUUUAGCCCAAGCUGUUGACCUAAUACUCAAGUACAAUUCUUAAAUCAACAUUCCUAUAAAUUAUUAUAAUKGUUACAUGUCCUUGCAACCGAACAAGACAUGUGUACAGAAAAUAUAAAUAAUGUAUUUUGAAAAAAAUAUUCCUUGUUAGGAACCCUCAGGUUUCAUAUUUUACUGAGGUAUUUUGGAUUUAUUGAUAAACAUAAAGUGCUCAGAUAGAUAAUAAUAUUAUUAAUUAUAAGCAAAUCAGAUUUGUAAUUGUGUAGGMUAUUUUAAUUGCAGAAAUAAAAACAAUUUUAUUCAA